CAGGGGGAAGAUGGUGUAUAAGUAGCUGCUUUCCUUCCUUCCUCCUUUCACUCUCAUUGUCUAGUCUUUGGUGUGCGUUGUGCGAUGGCGAGCACGAGGAGCAGCGGGGAGUACAAGAAGUCGGUUGCCGACGAGCACGUGCAGCAACUGCCCGUCGUCGAGAGCCAGGAUGACCUCGUCGAUGAGGUGCCUCAGGGCCGCCAGCUCGGUGUCAUUUCGGCCACCUUCCUCAUCGUGAACCGCAUCGUGGGCACGGGCGUCUUCGCUACUUCCAGCACAAUCUUGCAGCAGAGCGGCUCUGUCGGUAUGAGCCUGAUGUACUGGGUCAUUGGAGCCGUGGUGGCCGGGUGCGGCUUCGCCGUAUACGCCGAAUUCGCGACGAUGAUGCCACGCAACGGCGGUGAGCUCAACUAUCUGCAGCACGCCUACCGGAAGCCCAAGUUCCUCGUUUCUUCAAUGUAUGCUGCCCAGGCUCUUCUGCUGGGUCAAGCCGCGGGCAACGCAUACACGGCUGGUCGCUACUUCCUCCGUGCGGGCAACACGACAAGCGAGUGGUCCGCCAGGGGUAUUGGCGUCGCUGUCCUCGUCUCGACACUCAUUCUCCACGGUUGCUUCCUCAAGUGGGGCCUCCGCCUCCAGAACGCGUUGGGCGUCUUCAAGCUCGUCAUCCUCGUUCUUGUCUCCUUUUCUGGCUUCGCCGCCCUGGCCGGUCGCACCAAGAUCCAGCCUCCACCGGACAACUUCACCAACGCGUUUGCAGGUACUCGAAACGACAUUUUUGGGAUCGCCUCCUGCAUUUACAAUGCCGGAUGGAGCUACGUGGGCUAUUCGAAUGUCUUCUACGCCAUGGGCGAAGUCAAGCGGCCCGUGCGCACUCUCAAGAUCGCAGGCCCAUUGGCCCUCAUCAUCAUCACCAUCCUCUACGUCCUGGCUCAGGUUGCCUACUUUGCCGCCGUACCACGACAGGAUAUUCUCGAGUCGGAGCAGGUCAUUGCCAGCCUCUACUUCCAAAACAUGUUUGGCAAGUCAUCGGCUCGGGCUCUAUCCGUCUUCGUCGCCCUGUCGGCUGUCGCCAACGUCUUUUCCGUCGUGUUCUCCCAGGGCAGGCUCAACCAGGCUCUCGGCCGGGAGGACCUCAUUCCCUUUGCCUCGUUCUUCGCCUCGAACCGUCCUUUCAAGGCACCCUUUGUGGGCAUCGGCUGGCACAUCAUCGUCACCCUCGUCAUCAUGCUCGCGCCUCCCUCGGGCGAUGCGUAUUCGUUUGUGUUGAACCUUAGCUCUUACCCGCUCAACGUCGUCAACACCGCCGUAGGGUUGGCCCUGUCCUUGGCCUACCUGCCUCGCAGUCUCCGGCCGCAGUGGGCAAAGGAAUGGAACCCGCCGUUCCGGGCGAGCUGGAUUGUCGCCCUCUUUUUCACGCUUGUCUCGGCCUUUCUCGUCAUUGUCCCUUGGAUCCCGCCAGAGAGGCCCGAGGAUGCCGUGUACGAGCACACGUGGUACGCCCUCGCGCCUGCCGUCUCCAUUGGCAUCUUCCUCCUCGGCGCCGCCUAUUGGCUCGUCCGCUUCCAGGCCUUGCCGAGGCUGGGAGGGUACAAGCUUCAGGAAAAGAGCUCCUCUCUGACCGACGGUACACUCAUCAGGGUGUUUGAGAAGGUCCCGAGAGACCUGCCCAAGCAGCGAUCCCUGCACACCGAGCAAGGGGAUGAAGAAGACGUGUCGAUUUAGCGCCCCAAUUUCUCGAACCUGUACUUCAUCACGACUUUAACGCAAGGCCACGUCUAUGUGACAUCAUUCAAUCAUCCAUCUCUUCAC